CAAAUUCUCUCACUCUUUCAUCAAUUCUCAUCUUCCAAUUUCAAUUCUCACUCACUUGAAAUUUCUUACUCUUUGAUGGCAUCUCCAGACGAAGCUUCAACUUUAGAGUUCAUUAGCCACUAUCUUCUCAAUGACUUCAAUACUUCCAUGGCCAACCUCGACUGUAACACUGCUUCCGGCAGCCAGCCUCAACACCCACAAUCUGAUAUCGACAUCUCCGAUUACUUGGAACCAAAAGAGAUACUCAUCAACCAAAUUCAUCACUCAACUCUUAGUCGGAGAAAACCAACCAUAAACGUCUCAAUUCCUCCAACAAUCUUCAAAACAAGCUUCGACGGUGGCAUUAAUCCAGUUGUUAAGACGGAAACGAAAUCCGAGAUUGAUAAAGAAAAGCAUUAUAGAGGAGUUAGGAGACGGCCAUGGGGAAAAUAUGCAGCAGAGAUCCGUGACCCAAACAGAAAAGGGAUCCGGGUCUGGUUAGGUACUUUUGACACUGCCAUUGAAGCUGCAAAAGCUUAUGAUAAAGCUGCUUUUAGGUUCCGAGGAAGCAAAGCGAUCUUGAACUUUCCUCUUGAAAUUGAAACUUCAAAUUCGAUUGAAUAUGAAUUACCAGUGAAUUGCGGGAAAAAGAGGAAAAAUGAAGAUAAGGAGCGUAUGGAGAGAGAGGUUGUGAAGGAGGAGCCCCAAGAAAAGGUGACGAAAACCGUUAAGUUGGACGCUUCUCCAUGGACGCCGUCAAGUUGGACGGGAUCCUGGGAUGCUACCAGUAGUGGUGACGGGAUUUUUAACAUGCCUCUGUUUUCUCCGUUAAUAUCACCACAUCCAUCUAUGGGAUACUGCCAGCUUACGGUUAUGUAACGGAGGGUAAAUGGUUGGAGGGGAGUUUAACUAAAUUUGGGAUUCUUUUAUUAUUUCAACAUAUGAUUGUAAAUAUUUAAUUUAAUAGUUAAAUAAUUUAUUAUUAUACUAUUAAA